AUGAUUGGGAUCUUGUGUGCGUUUGCCAGACCAGAGAUCCGGAUGAUUCUGGACAACUUCAAGAGGGUCUUCCUUGAGAAGUAUUUCUUGGAUGAUGUGAGGAGUCAAAAGGAAGUGAAAUUCCUUAAGCUGAAGCAAGGGAAUGAUAUAGUGGCAGAGUAUGCUGCCAAAUUUGAUGCUUUGAUUCGCUAUUUUACUCACUACCAUGGUGAGGGUGGUGAAAGGGCUAAGUGCAUUAAGUUCAUGAAUGGCCUUCGUCCUGAGGUGAAGGCAGCAAUCAAUUAUCAAGAGAUUUAUCACUACCCGACGCUUGUCAACAAGUGUAGAAUCUAUGAUCGUGACAACCGUGCACGUGUUGCUUUCUACAAGGGAGCUAGAGGUCCUGUGCGUGUUGUAAAUCAUGCCAAGUUUCAAGGAAAUCAUGCUAGAAGUAGAUUUGUUGCUAGAAACUCUUUCGUGAGUGGUGCUGCUAGUGUAGGAGGCUCUGUUUCUACACCUACUAGUCGAUGCAAGAAAUGUGGGCAACAUGGGCAUGAGCACUAUAACUAUCUUGACAAGGAGAUAACAUGCUUCAACUACAGAGGCAAGGGUCAUAUUAGUACUUAG